AUGAAGUUGUUAGUGCUGUUGUUGGCCAUCGCCGUAACUCGUAAGUAUGCGGCAAUUGUAUAGUGGCGGACCUGAUCUAGCGCCAAAAAACGUACCAUUUUGCAUCCGGGAAGUAUCAAAAAAUGUAGCAAAACACCUCCCUCUCCAAGUGAAAAAACUCUGAUUUCAAAAGGCCUCCUUCAAAGCGGAGUUUUUUAGUUGGAGAGGGAGGCACUUUGCUAUAUUUUUUGAUACUCCCCGGAUGCAAACGGUACGUUUUUUGCCACUGGAUCAGGCCCCUCACACUGUAUGUGUCUUUCAUGUUGAAAGUCUGUAAACCAGCGAUAUUGCAGAAGCGCAAGACGUCGAGACAACCUCUACUAGUCCAACUACACCCACAACUCCAACUACUCCGACUACACCUACCACUCCGACCACGCCUACAACUCCUACAACUCCCACAACCCCCACGACGCCGACAACUCCCACUACACCAACAACCCCGACUACCCCAACGACGCCAACUACUCCCACAACGCCGACAACUCCAACUACUCCUACAACUCCCACAACGCCAACUACUCCUACCACACCGACGACUCCGACUACUCCUACAACUCCCACAACGCCUACAACUCCUACCACACCGACGACUCCGACCACCCCGACAACCCCUACUACACCAACAACCCCCACGACGCCGACAACUCCCACUACACCAACAACCCCGACUACCCCAACCACGCCAACAACCCCCACUACUCCAACUACACCAACAACUCCAACAACACCUACCACGCCAACAACACCAACCACUCCGACAACCCCCACCACUCCAACCACCCCAACUACUCCAACGACACCGAAACCAUCGCGUAAGUCACGUAAAUCUCAGUCUGCCGGGAAAAUAGCGGCGGGUCGCCGCGCCUUGAAAUCGCCCAUCAUUACUUUGCGACCGCUGGCCGCGGCUGGGGAUUUAGUGCGCGACUGCACGCUUUUUUCAACGAGGCGAAACAUUUUGCUGCGACGACCCGCCAUUAUUUUUCCGACAGGCUGAUAUUACCAUUACUCGACGUUUCAGCAAUCUGCUCCGAUUUUGCUCUAAACUGUGUCGACUUCAUCGCCCAAUGCAAGACCGAAAAAAUGGAAAAGUAUUGCAAAUCGACUUGUGGUCUUUGCAACCCGUUACCAAAGCCACCUUGUCUGGACGGUGCGACAAACUGUCUGGUAUUCCGUUUCCAAUGCAGAAACCCCACCAUCGCUGCAGUUUGCAAACGUACGUGUGGCGAAUGCUAAAUUACCGACUCAUUGUUGUUGCAUUCCGAUUUGCAUGGACUUUAGAGCGUUCAAUAAAUUUUAUUAUGCAGUGUUGUGUUCGGUAAAUACUUUCAAGGGGACUUGGAUUGAUUUUGUUUUGAAUGUUAUCAAAGAUUCUGUGACAGGUCCAAAAUCGAGACCUCUCUGUUUGACAUUCAAAACAAACAUGUUAACCAAUCAAAAUUGACAUGAAAAUCAAAGGCCUAGGACAGAAAAUGAAGGAGAAUUUAAUGGUAAAAGAAACAUUUGGCUACACCUUAACAUGCUGGCGUCAGGACGUCUAAAAAAGCUACCAUUUUUUGGACAAUCUUUAUAUUAUGCCUCCGACAAAUCCUACUGCUAGGUAUACACAGACACGAAAAACACGACCCAAAAUGUCAAUUUGAUGUAUUGUUAGCAGCUUGGCAAACAUAAAACAAAUUAUAAAGAUUUCUCCCCGACCCAAUUAUUAUGUUUCAUUGGCAUCUUCAAAAGGCCCGAAAUGCUGUACUGCCUGUUUCUUGUGUUUGGCCUUGCUCGUAAGUCGAUAAAAGCUUUUGCAAUCAAAAAUGCUGAUGUAAAAAUGUUGACAUUAAAGUAGCCGCGGAAACGGAGCCCACAACUCCUACCACUCCAACGACGCCCACAACUCCCACCACGCCAACAACUCCGACUACUCCAACUACUCCAACAACCCCAACGACUCCGACUACUCCUACAACUCCCACCACGCCAACAACUCCGACGACACCGACAACUCCGACCACGCCUACGACUCCGACAACCCCUACUACCCCCACCACCCCUACUACACCAACAACUCCAACCACACCGACCACUCCAACCACACCGACUACUCCCACUACACCGACCACUCCAACAACUCCCACAACCCCUACUACGCCAACUACACGUAAGCCUUUAUAUUUGUUGUACUAGUCGUUCCAGAAAGUGCGUGCACUUUUUCCACCUUUUUUACACCGCACGGUGCAAGUUUCGUGUUCCCCGCGCGACGCGAUCCGUUUCGAAACAUUUUACACUGUGCAAUUUCUAAAAAUUCGCGCCAGCUCCGUUGAGAAAAGCCUGCGUCGCUGCAACAUUGCAAAUGCACGGUGCAAAAAGUCAAAUGCACCCCACAAGAAUGGAAUUUUGUGCACAGUGCGGCCCACGACAAAAAGUGCACGCACUUUCUGGAACGGCUAGUAUUAGGGUGUCCCAUAAGUCUUGCAAAUUUUUGGGUCGUCGAUUUGUACGAAUUCUUGUAAGCUUUGAAACAUUACGGAGUAUGUUGGAUAUACGCGUUUGAAGCACAGAUAAAGCGCUUCUAAACCGUAUAUGACAAGGCCACAUAAGGUCAAUAAUUCAUGACGAAAAGACCAUUUCAGCGGCGUGCGCUGACAUUGCCCUCAACUGCGUUGACUUUGUGCAGCAAUGUAAAACACCAAAGAUGCAGACCUACUGCAAAGCCACUUGCGGUGCAUGCUCGUCAACGCCGAAGAUUUGUCUUGACCGCGCCGUCAACUGCCUGCAGUUCCGCUUCGAAUGCGGGAGCCCAGCAAUUGCCAAGGUGUGCAAGAAGACCUGCGGUGCAUGUUGA